CUCUCUUCUCCAACGCAACGGUCGAAACACGGCGGCCGCCGAGAUACCCGCCGCCUCCACCGGAGAGAGCCGGGGCACGCGUGCCUACCCUAGAGACGGGAGGGUGUGUUGGGUCCGCAGGAGAGCGGAGUGCGUGGCCGGGGCGGACGCGCACCUGCUCGUACGACGGCGCAGCCAUCCCGCGUUCCUCGGCUCCCGCUUCGACGCCGACAAGGUCACCCACCUCUUCCCGCAGAUCGAGGGUGAUAGGGUUCACAUCCAAGCUGAAACUAUUGUCAAUGGAAGUCGUGGUACUAUGCCAAACAUCAUGUUGUUGUGGCAUUACAUUAAAGAAUACCCAGGAUGUUUUGAUAGAGACAAUGUGAAAUUCAGCUUUCCAUCUGUCACGGCCAGCACCAACGAUGAUGCCACUAUUCUUUUGAAAUGCACAUUAUCUCUUCUGAGGGACCAAAAUAGACAAUAGUGGAGGGAUACUUAGGCAGCAAGUGUUCAUUGGAUAGUGGCUCCAGCUGAGGAAGUGAAGAGAAUCGUUGGGCCGAAUUUAUUUACUCCACACUCAUCCCCUGAUGCAUAUGCGAUGCUUGACACAAUAUACUAGUUUUUGCCAAGACUGCCCCAUUAUUGUUUGCUCCAUAUUGUGAAGAUUUCUUCAUAUGCGCUUCAGACGCGUGUCAGACUAGGGCUUUGAAUCUUGAAAUACUCACCACCAUUGAUUGCCCCAGAGUCAUCUAUUCCAGCCAUUUUGAAGAAUUUCAGCAUACCAACUCUUGUUCCUGUCCAAGAGAUGUAUAUAUAAUCACUGGCUCCACAACAGACAGCUAAGAUGCUUCUUCAGGUUGGGUCCUGCCAAGUACCUUUAAUUUCUCAGCUGUUGAUCGAACAUGGUUAUUGAUGAGGAGAGCAACACUAUCUACAUGUCCACAAAGGCAUGAGACAACUAUUUUGAUUUAGGAACUAGCGGUGAUGGUCCUUAGGAAAAAAUCUCUGGACAAAAGAACCUUGAUCACAAAUACAUGAGUUUUUUCUAACUGCUUUAGUGCUAGGGAGGCUGCAGCUAUGUGGUUAAUGCGGCCGCAUGCCAUUACGCUAAAGAUAGUCUGAUAAGUGCCAUGUUACUUUACGCUAAAGACAGUAUGAUAAGCAAUGCGGUUUCUGAGAAAGCUCUUGAAGCAUUUGAGGACCCAGGGCUUGUUCGAAAGCCUGGCACUAUUGCUUUGUCUAACACCUAGAACUCAGGCUAGAGGCUUUAGUAGUAUGGUACAAAUUUUCAGGAAGCAGAAACUUUGCUUUCUGGUGAAUAUAUAUAUAUGGAGGCCUUUGCCCUCAUCAAGCCUCACUUGUGUAUCCUUCCUGUGUUGGAACUUGCAAUUAUGGUGGUUUGGGGACUGAUAGAUAUGUUCCAAUGAUCACGAGGAGGGGAGGGUGUGGUUGUUUGCAGGCUUUCUUAAGUAAGGUUCAUUCAUCCUAAACAUUUUUAGGUCCAGAAAAACAAGAGAAGAAGACUUUACGGGUGUGUUGCUGGCCUGGGAGAUUCUGGUUCCAUACUGUACAGAACAGGGCCUAACAUUGUUUUGCGCAACAAUUAACUAGUUUCUACCACGUUAGAGAUACGGAAGCUGCGGAUCAAUCUGCAUUGAAUAAUAAGCCACGAUCACUCUAUACGGAAGCUGCUACGGAGGGAGGUAACAUCUCUGAAAUUGCUAGGGAGGUGAAAAUCUUAAUUUGUUUUCUUUCCAUGAGCAUCUAUCUAUACAGGACAUUUAUUGAACUCGGUCUGGAUAUUGUCCCGGUAGGGCCCAUGCAUCUUAAUCAAAUGAGAACUGAAGCUAUUAGCAUUAUUUCAUUAGGCUAAUAUCCUUUUAGUGUUAGCUAAAAAGUUGUGUGCUCUUUUCUAAUACCAGCCAGAUCCAAUCAUAAUACCCUGCUAUUUAGUUUUUCUUUUCUUUUCUUUGACAGUCUAAAAGUGUCCUCUUCAACUUCUGGCUAUAUGAAAUGCAUUUAUGUUUGCUAAAUCUUUCCAAGUCAUCAUCAUCAUAACUUAUAGAGUUCAAGUCUGUACUGCGUCAAAAUGAUAUGGUUGGUUGAAAUACAUUUGUGAUGUCCUCGUCGGCUCUUUUUUCACUUUAAGGCUCAAGGAGCUCUUAGGUUGGUUAAUUUAGGUACACGUAUACCAAGUGCCUUGAGCUCCUAUACUGGCGUGCUGCACGCCAGUAAGCUUGUAUGUGGAUAUUCUAAACAGCAAGCAACCUUGUACCGCAAAGGCACGGUUUUGUGGUCGCUAAACUGUGCUGUGCUUAACUUAUUUUAUAAGAUGCCCUGGAAAAGUAUGUCUCUGUUUGGAAAACAAGGUUAUAAUCUAGUGAACUCUUAGAACAGCAGACUAAAAAUACUACAGUUACCACGUAGUCGGAUAUAUCUAUCCUAUUUUCAUGCUAGCCAGAACAAAAAUUUUAAACUCUUUUUCUGCGGAUUAUACCAAAAGCAUGCACUAGCAAAGCUUAAAAUAUGGAAAAGUAACAGGAUUUUACCACAAGCAACCUGUGAGGCGAAAAUUAGAGUGAAAGGCCACGUUCCUUCAACAGCUACAAUUUGAAUUAUUUGCUAUAAAUUUCUUCUUUUUUAAUAUCCGUCUGCCGUAACCCCUGCUGUGAAUCAAACUGCUAAUCAUGCCUGUUUUUACUCCCUGAGCAGGUACCGACGAGCUCCAUGUGUGAGCUGGCUGCCUAGUGCAAAAUAAGUUUAUGUGGAAAUACUGUAUAUUCAAAAAAAGGGGCAGCCCGGUGCAUGUAGCUCCCGCUUGUGCGUCUAUAGUACGCAGCCUUUCCCUACAUUUCUGUAAGAGGCUGUUUCCAGGACUUGAACCCGUGACCUCAUGGUCACAAGGCAGCAGCUUUACCACUGCGCCAAGGCUCCCCUUCAAAUACUGUAUAUUCAGAUUGGAAUAAAUGUCAUGGUGGAGAUUACUAGUUCCAAGCAUUUUUCUUUUUGAUGUUUUGCUAAUGCAGAUGAAACCUACUACAGGGGAGUGAAUAUUUUGUCAUGUUUUGAGUGACGGCCAUGGUGCCGAAAAUCCCACCACAAGCAUCAAAUUGCGUUUUUUUGUGUUGAUAUAAAGCUUAUUUAUGAAUAAAUAUGGUUGGUACUCAUCUGACGUACUUGCAUGUCUAUAUGCAGCGGAUAUUUCGUUUCGUCUGCUCAAAACUGUCCCAGCAUGCCUACCAGCAGACUCCAUCAGAUCCUCUCCCUUUCUGUGCAGCAAAUCUGACAUGGGCGUAUCAGCUGCCAACUGCCAACUGUCUACUGUCAACUCCUUUCAGGCAGUUGCAAUAGUGAAUCAAAAACCAAAACAGGCCCGGCCGGGAUGCCUCGACAGGAGAGGAAUUAAUGAGACACGAGCUGCUCACUUAAAUGAUGAGAUCCAGACACCUCAUAGCACAAAGAAAAAACAUAAAUCAAUGGACCUGUCACAUACUGGCGUGCUGCUCUGAUCCAUGCGCAGACAGGCCCAUGGAGACUCUCCUCUGCAUCUAGUACAAAUCUGAGGCUUGCGUUUUCAGCGUGCACCUUGGUCAGGCAGGCCCAUGGAGAUCCGGACCAAGGACGACGCAUGGCGCCUGCUGCUCGUGCUCUUCCUCGGCCAGCUCGUGGCCUUCUCCAUGGCGGCCUGCAGCUUCGCCUCUUCUUUCAUUGCCAAUCUCGGAGUUGACGCACCACUCGCACAAUCAUUCUGCACGCAUCUCCUGUUGACCUUAGUUUAUGUGCCGAUCCUCUUGCGUCGACGACAGAAGCUGCGGAUACCUUGGUAUUGGUACUUAGUGCUGGCCUUCGUCGAUGUCCAGGGGAACUAUCUGGUUACCGAGGCAUACCAGUACUCAUCCAUCACCAGCGUGACAUUGUUGGAUUGUUGGACUGUUGUAUGGGCCAUCAUACUCACCUGGUACGCACUAGGCACGAGAUACUCGUUCUGGCAAUUUCUGGGGGCAGGGACCUGUGUGGCUGGGCUAGCUCUUGUGCUCCUUUCAGAUGCAAAUACUCCAGAUGCACAGGAUCCAAAUAAAAUACCACUUCUAGGGGAUGCCCUUGUUAUUGCCGGGACAGUUUGUUAUGCAUUUAGCAAUGUCGGGGAGGAACACUGCGUCAAGAAGAACGACAGAGUAGAAGUUGUCGCAAUGCUUGGACUAUUUGGGGUGCUUGUCAGUACAAUUCAGGUACUUAUAUUCGAAAGGAAGAGCGUAGAAGCAAUUGUCUGGUCUCCAACAAUGAUAAGUUUGUUUGCAGGAUACGGCAUUGCAGGAUUUAUGUUCUACACCAUUACUCCUUUUGUCCUCGAGAUGAGUGGAGCAACAUUGCUUAACCUCUCGCUCUUAACAUCUGACAUGUGGGCAGUCGCCAUUCGAGUAUUUUUCUAUCAGCAACAGAUAAACUGGUUGUACUAUCUAGCAUUCGCAGUUGUGGCCAUUGGAUUGAUCAUCUACUCACUGAAUGAGAGUUCUUCAGCUGAUGCAACAGCUACAAGUACAGAAGCAGCAGCUCACUAUGAACAACUUCCAGGUGAGGAUAACUCAACAGGAAGUGGUUCUAUUUUGGACAGAAAAGAAAGGAAGCAGCAAGAAGCUCACAUCUGUUAAGGGAGCCAUACGGUCUGAUUGAGCCUGUGCUGCCACAUCCUUGCAAGCAAGGGCAGCUGCUCAGCAGAAGCAACAUAGAUUUCAUGCUAUGCCAUUUGCGUGUUCAUAAAAGAAGUGUCUAUGUCUUGGUCGACUGAGAAUUAACUAAUUCUCAUUUGAUUUUACAAAUUUAUGCAUACAAAUCUAAUACAAUGUUUCCCAUGAUAUAACAAUUUAUGCAUCUA